UCCGAACGUGGCGACGGGUUUACGGUAUAUUGGUGUAUAUCGGUAUUUCUUUCACACAGGUGUCUCCCCACCAUAAAAGAUUAAUUUUUCUCAUCUUUGUCAAACUUGGGGAGGAAAAGAUGAGUUCCUCAGGCGAAUUUGGUAAUCCCCUUCGGAAAUUCAAGCUAGUUUUCCUCGGUGAACAGAGUGUGGGAAAGACGUCACUUAUCACAAGGUUCAUGUAUGACAGUUUUGACAACACAUAUCAGGCGACCAUAGGUAUAGACUUCCUGUCAAAGACAAUGUACUUGGAAGACAGAACGAUCCGGCUACAGCUGUGGGACACGGCAGGGCAGGAGAGGUUUAGAAGUCUCAUCCCUAGUUACAUUCGAGAUUCCUCUGUAGCAGUAGUUGUGUAUGAUAUUACAAAUGCAAAUUCCUUCCACCAAACAUCCAAAUGGAUUGAUGAUGUGCGGACAGAGAGAGGGAGUGAUGUCAUUAUAAUGCUCGUAGGAAAUAAAACAGAUCUGUCAGAUAAGAGACAAGUGACAACAGAGGAAGGGGAGAGGAAAGCAAAAGAGUUAAAUGUCAUGUUUAUAGAAACCAGCGCCAAGGCCGGGUAUAAUGUCAAACAAGUAAGUAGGAGCCAGCCUCUCCCAUAGAUGGGUUGUUUGACACCUUAACCCUCCCCAGUGACUGAGGUGAAACUGAAGGAGACGCCGGCCGAGCCUCAGACACAAGAAGGAGGCUGUGCAUGCUAGAUGUGUCGCUGUUUCUCAUUGGCUACUCUAUUUGUAUGAGCUGUAACCAUUGGUUGUAUUUUUGUACAUAGAAUCACUGAUUUCAUUGGCCACUCAGUUUUGUAUAAACUGUUAUCAUUGGUUGUAUUUUUGUACAUAGCUCAAACUGGAGGAAAGCAAGAAAUAGCAGCAUUCAUUUCCAAACAUAAAGACUGUUAAACAAUAUUGAUUGUAGAGUAUUAUAAGUGUAUGGCAAGAGUCAUCAUUAUUCGUUAGUAGUGUAGUGUACAAUUUGUAUUUUAAUGUUGAAGAAAAUAUGAAAUCCUCAUAUUUUAGGAAUAAUAUCAUUAAACAAAAUCAAGUCUAAAUUGAAACUGUAUACUCUCUUGUGCCCCUCAUAAAACAAUAUCUUUGAACUGAACUUCUCCAAACUUCUUGUUGAAGAUACGAUCAUUUGUCUUUUUAUUGAAUUUAAAAAAGGCAUGUCAAAUUUUCAUUUCACUGAAAGAUUUAAUGUUUAAGUGAUUAUUUAUCUUUCCUAAUGAUAACUUCAACAUGAUAAUACUAAAGCCAUGUACCACACUGUAGGUAGGAAGUGGGUAGGGUGUUCACCUUGCAGGCACACAGACCUGGGUUUGUGCCCAAUCACUCACUUACUUUGCAGUUGUUUCUUGGAACUAAACCUGAAUGACACAUUUCUUGCUCUCCUUCACUGUCUAACAGGUUUGCCAGUGAUGUGUUUUGAAUGUGUGUAUUUUUAACAUCAAAAUUUGCCACUAUCUGUUGUACAGUUGUAUGCUUUGAAGAGACCAAUGAACAUGUCCAUACUUUGUGACGCUCAACAUAGACUUUCCAUCAUCUUAGCACUAAGAUCUCUCUAUGGUUCAUGGCUGAGUACUGAUAAGGCAUGGACAUUCUCAGAUGAGGAUAGCCUCAAGUCCUUUCCAGAUCCUACUGCAAUUAAUGCCUUGUGCAAAGCGCCUGAUUUGUUGAGCAUUUGCCUCUUGUUCAUUUUCAGCCAAUGGAAGGCCAUUGUGUAUUCAAUGGAAAGCCUGUUCUGAGGGUUAUGAUUAUAACUUAGAGGAAUGGCGAAAUGGACAUGAUGAUGACUUUUAUGGUAAAUUUUGUUACGUCAUUGGAUCGUGAGUAGAUAAAUAAUCAAAGUGGGUGUUAGAGGGUCCCUGAUAACUAGCAAAACAGAUGUUCUUCGGUCUGUUAGUAGACAGUUCACUUUGUUUGCUUAUAGAGGCAGAGAAGUAGCUCGGUUGGUACUUUGUCACUCUUCCAGCUAACAUGACUGGGUUUGAUUCCAUUUUUCAAGGCUGGCCAUGAUAACAGCCAUGACAUUUUUGAUGAAUGGUUCUUCAUAGUAUAAGAUGUCUUCAAGAUAAAAAACCCAAUCAAGAAUCACUGUGAUACUUGUACACAGACUAGAAGCCUUGAGUCAUCCAUGGCUCAGAGCCACAAAGCUUUCAAUUGCUCUACAACAGUCGUAGUUUUAUGAUAA